CCUCUGCUGCACUGGCACGAACGUCGCCGGGAUCCCGACCCGGUUCGUCCCUCCCAAGCCCCAACCCGAGGAGCAAAGCCGGGGCAUGGCAGAACCGUGAAUAAGCCGCAACCUCUGUGGCGGUUUCCGACCAAUCCCCUUCUUCUCCACCCAACCAGGUGAGAAAUGCGAUUGGGCGAUGGCUUCGCUUUCCUCGCGCUAUAAAUUCCGCGGGCAACAAUAAAGAAUUGGAGCGGAGCAGCAAGUGGUGGGAGGGAGAAUCCGGAAUCCCAAAGCAACAGCAGCUAGGGUGAAGGGAGGGAGGGAGGGGGAGAGGGAGAACCGCGGCGAUGUCGUCGUGGAACUCGGUGGGGAUGGAGGUGCUGUACCAGGUGCUCGGGUGGGUCGCCUUCUUCGCUUGGUCCUUCAGCUUCUACCCGCAGGUCUUCCUCAACUUCAAGCGCAAGAGUGUGGUGGGUCUGAACUUUGAUUUUCUGGUGUUGAACUUGACAAAGCACUCAUCCUACCUCAUAUACAAUGCUGCUCUAUUCUUCAGCCCCUUCAUCCAGAGACAGUAUCAUGAGACAUAUGGUGAUAAAGAGAUGAUUCCUGUCGCGGCAAAUGAUGUUGCCUUUUCUGUACACGCGGUUGCCUUGACAGCUUUUACCCUUUUUCAAGUAUUCAUCUACGAGCGAGGAAACCAGAAAAUCUCCAAAGUCUGCAUAUCAAUCACUGCUAUUGUGUGGACAGCUGCUAUUGUUUGCCUUAUUGUAGCUUGGCCAAAAAGUAACUGGCUCUGGCUUAUAGAUGUGUUCAAUUCAAUACAGGUUGGGAUGACAGCAAUCAAAUACAUUCCUCAGGCCAUCAUGAACUUCAGGAGGAAGAGUACAAUUGGUUGGAGUAUUGGCAAUAUUUUACUUGAUCUUACAGGAGGGGUGCUAAACUUUGGCCAGAUGGGUGUGCAAUCAAUAGAUCAACACACGCUAGUGAACUUCUAUGGAAAUAUUGGGAAAACCCUUCUUUCAUUGGAAGUCGUUUUCUUCGACAUCUUAUUCAUAAUCCAACACUAUGUGCUGUACCCUGUCAAACGAGAUGAGAAUGGUAAGGCUAUCAUUUCUGAAAGGGUAGCUCCUCUUAUCAGGCCUUCAGACAAGCCUGAAGAAGAUAGUGUGUGAUAUACCUAUUGUAUUUCACCUUUUUUAUGGCCCUGAUUACAUUCGCUUCAGGGUAUAGUCCCAACUAUCCAUUCAUAUGAAACAAAUGCAUUUUUCGUAAAACUAAAUUUUGUACAUAUUUGUUUACGGAUUAAUGUAAAGAUGUAGAUACAAUAGGCCUUUGAUACUAGUCUUAAAACAAUGUUUGUGAUUAUGUAAGUGUAAGUAUACUUACAAUAUCUAUCACGGAUUUGUCAUGAGUAUGUUUUGUAGUUCGGUAUUUA